AUGUUAUUUAUAAUACUUUUAGUGAAUCAAGUUCUCACUUUAUAAAUAGGAAAAGUAACUUUCGAUGUUUUGUUUCCUCAUGACAAAAGAUUGGCUUUUGUGUAAUUUGACUAAAAAUUUGAAUAAAUUCCAUAGGUAGGUAUAUCUCUUAUUGCAAUACACGUUAAUAACGAGGUUCCUAGAAAUAUAGGGAUUGAACCUAAACUAUUAUAAAUCACAUAACAAGGUAUAGAAUUUAUACUAUAAAGGAUUUCAAUUGUAGAUAACUAAUCAUAAAUCUAAAAUUGAUCAUCUCGAAUAUUAAUGGUUAGCAGUGAUUGAUGAUAGAUUGAAAGUGAAUUGUGAAACAAUAUAAAAGACUACAACAGUCAAUUUUGGAAGGUAUAUAUGAAAUAUAAAUUUGUAAAAAGAGAAUUUUGGGUAAUCCCAACUAUUUAAAUAUUUUUGGCAGGAUUUCAAAAAGAAUCAUAAAAAGGAGACUUAAAGUUUUAAUUGUCAAUAAGCAAUUAAUAGGUUAAUAGUUUUGAGAUUGCUUUGAAUAAUUAAUCUGAACAUGUUUUAAAAGACAUAUAUAUUUGGUAUUAAAAUAAAAUUAUUAUAUUUAGUUAUAUAGCUGGACCAUAAAAUAUUGUAAAAUCAAAAUCUUUAAUAAAUAUCAAUUAAAAGACUGAUGAAUUUGUAGAUUUAGAAGGAACUCCAGAAAAUUUAAUUUAUGGAGUAAGUAAGAUUUCAAAUUUUUAUGGAGCCUUAAUGAUAUAAUUAGGAUAGUUUGAAUAUGAGUAAGAAAAGCCUGGUGUAGGAAUAAGUAAAUGAAUGUAUAUUAGUUUUUAUUAGGUUAGAUAGAUAUGACUUUGGGAUUAAUAUAAAAUGAUGGUAUGUUGUGUCCAUUAGGAUAUUAUGAGUGUAAUUUUAAUGGAGUAUCAAUUGAUCUAUGUGAUAGUACGAAUGGUUCUUAAUCUUGGAAAAGAAUAAAAUCUAUAAAAAGUAGAAAAGGAUGGAAUGGUAAAUUCAAGAUUGAUGGAAAGACUUUAAAGACUCAAGAUGCUAAUUGCAUUUAAGAUAUUCAAUUAUAUUUAGAAGCAUGAG